ACGGGAUACCCCACAGAGCUGGACAAGCUGCAGAGUCUUGUGGCCAACUACUGCUCAGAGCUGUCAGAUAUGACGACCAUGUCCCAAGAUGCCAUGAUGAUCACAGAUGAGGUCAAGAGGAACAUGAGGCAGAGGCAGGCGUCCUUCAUCGAGGAGCGCAGGGCCAGGGAGAACCGGCUCAACCAGCAGAAGAAGCUGAUUGACAAGAUCUGCACCAAAGAGACCAGUGAGAAGUACCGCCGGGGCCAGACGGACUUGGACUUCCCCUCCAGGCUGAUGAGCACAGAAACCCUGAAAGUGAAGAUCGUGAUCCGGGGUGACAGGAACACGGGCAAGACGGCGCUGUGGCACCGGCUGCAGGGCAGGAAGUUUGUGGAGGAGUACAUCCCCACUCAGGAGAUCCAGGUCACCAGCAUCCACUGGAGCUACAAGACCACUGACGACAUCGUGAAGGUUGAGGUGUGGGAUGUGGUGGACAAAGGAAAAUGCAAGAAGCGCGGUGACGGCUUGAAGAUGGAGAACGACCCCCAGGAGGCGGAGUCCGAGUUGGCCCUGGAUGCCGAGUUCCUGGAUGUGUACAAGAACUGUAACGGGGUGGUCAUGAUGUUCGACAUCACCAAGCAGUGGACCUUCAACUACAUCCUCCGCGAGCUCCCCAAAGUGCCCACCCACGUGCCGGUGUGCGUUCUGGGCAACUACCGCGACAUGGGCGAGCACCGCGUCAUCCUGCCCGACGACGUGCGCCACUUCAUCGACAACCUGGACAGACCUCCGGGCGCCUCCUAUUUCCGCUACGCUGAGUCUUCCAUGAAGAACAGCUUUGGCCUCAAGUACCUCCACAAGUUCUUCAAUAUUCCAUUCCUGCAGCUGCAGGUGAGGGCCCAGCCACCCCCGCGGCGCAGCCUCAUUUCGCGGCUGUUUGGGACUUCGCCAGCCGCUGGCACGGCGCCUCCGCCUCCAGAGCCAGCUCCGGCUGCAGAGGCCCCAGCCAGGGUCCAGAACGUGGAGGACUUUGUCCCUGAGGACCGCCUCGACCGCAGCUUCCUGGAAGACACGGCACCCCUGGAGGAGGCGAAGAGGGCAGGCGCCAAGGCCCCUCGGCAGGACAGCGACAGCGACGGGGAGGCCCUGGGGGCGAACCCGAUGGUGGCCGGCUUCCAGGACGACGUGGACCUCGAAGACCAGCCACGUGGGGGACCCCCGCCGCCCUCGGGCCCCGUCCCCAGUCGAGACGUCCCUCUUUCGAGCGAGGAGGAAGCCGGGGAGGUGGCAG